AUGAACACGCAUGGCGGCGGCCUGGAGAGAAGCUGCACAAAGUACACGAAUGAGAGCAGGAAGAAGACUAACCGAGAUGAAGAGGGUCAGGGGUUGGGCAGUGGUGGCUUCAGCCAGGUGUUCCAGGCAAGACCCAAGCACUGGAGGACCCAGCAUGCCAUCAAGUGUUCCCUGUGCUUCCAGAAGGAAACCACCAGCUCUGAGAUGAGUUGUCUCUUUGAAGAAGCAGUCAAAAUGGAGACGAUGAAGUUUCAAGACUUUGUGUCCAUCUAUGGGGUAUGCAAGCAGCCCCGCAUUGUGAUAGAGUUAAUGGCCCUGGAGAAGACACUACCUACCCACAGCCUCAAGCCACUCAAGUGCUGCAUCAUCCAUGAGACCAGCUUGGCCAUGAAGUUCCUCCACAGCUUUAAGCCAUCCCUGCUCCACCUGGACCUCAAGCCAAGCAACAUCCUGCCAGACAACAACAUGCAUGUCAAGAUUUCAGAUUUUUGCCUGACCAAGUGGAUGGAGCCGUCAACCCACAUGCAGUACACUGAGAGAUUGGCUCUGAGGGGCACACUCAGUGGCAUUCCUCUUGAAACGUUCCUGGAGAAUAGCAAGGCUCCAGGGCCUGAAUAUGUUAUACACAGUUUGGGACUGUCAUUCUGGGAGAUUCUCAUGCAAAAUAAACCAUAUACAGGGCUCAAUGUGAUGAGCAUCAUUAUCCGGGUAGCUGCAGGCGUGAGGGCCUCCCACCCCUUGCAGCCUGUCUCUGCCAAAUGGCCAGAGGAGGCCCAUCAGAUGUUGGACCUGAUGAAAUGCUGCUGGGACCAAGACCCCAAGAAGAGACCAUGCUUUCUAAGCAAGUACCCAUUUUUCCAUGCCGAGGAGCUAAAGAGGGAGGGAUGGGAGACACCAUUGGCCCUAAAGCUGAGAAAAGGUUUAAGACAUUUUCAGGGUGGGGCUGGGAGGGACAACACAGAGAGGGGCUCAGGUGACUCCUUGAAGUGGAUCCUUCAACUCUCUGAUGGCAAGAGCUAGGCCCCAAGUGAUGAAGAGCUGCAAGUCUAUGAGCACAAGAUGACUCUCCUCUACUUCCUAGUGGGCCAGGGCAGUUUGGAGCAAGUGAAGCUGCUGCUGUCCCAUAAAGUUGAUGUGGACUGCCAGACGGCGUCUGUCUAUACACCACCCCUCCUUGCCCACGAUCAGCAGCCUGACCUCUGUGCCCUGCGCCUGGUACACGGUGCUAGUACCAACUUGGUAGAUGAGGAUGGCUAGGUCCCACUGCAUUUUGAAGCCCAGAAUAGGGAUGACCAUAUUUCCCAUAUGCUCCUGAACCAUGGGGUCCUGGUGGAUGCUCAGGAACAUGAGAGCUGGACUCCACUCAGCCUAGCUGCACAGAAUAACUUUGAGAAUGUUGCAUAGCUUCUGGUCUCCUGACAGGCAGGUUUCAACCCACAGGAGGUUUAGGGUAAGACGCCCAUCCAUGUGUCUGCCUGCUUUGGCUAUAUUGAUCUGGUCAAGCUGCUGAUAAGACAUGCUGAGAUGGAUGCUCAGCAGAGAAACCUGAGGACACCCCUGCACCUUUCAGGGGCGAAGGGGAAAAUGAGAGCCAUCCAACACCUGCUAAAAGGUGGGGAAUUUCCUGAUGCCCUUGACCAUGGUGGUUACAGCCCAUUGCACAUGGCUGUAACCAAGUGUAAGCAACUUAUCUUCGAGAUGCUUCUCAGAUAUGGGGCCAGCCUGGAGCUACCCACGCAACAGGAAGGGACACCCGUAAGCCUAGCAACUUACAAGGGUCACAUGGAGAUCAUCCAUCUGCUGGACAAGAGCCAUGCAGACCUAGAUGCUCUUGGAAGAACGCAUGGGACUCCCCUGCACAUGACUGCCUUCCAUGGAGAGGAGGUGGUGGUGGUGUCGCUGCUUCAGGGUGGGGCCAACCCCAAUGCUGCUGAUCUCUGGACUCCUCUCCACAUGACAGGGCAGAAGGGGGCCUUCCUGGUCAUCAUCCACCUUCUGGAACAUGGUGCUGAUGUCCACGCCUGCAACAAGGUGGACUGGACAGCUGCCCACUUGGCUGCUCUCCAGGGCAACAUAACCAUCCUUCAAGUUCUGGUCAAGGCUAAUACCCAACUGUACAUCAAGGAUGGUGUUGGCUGCACACCUCUGCAGAUGACCCUCUGCAGCCAAAAACAGGGCAUAGUGACCUUCCUGGAGGGCAAGGAACCUUCACUAGCCAUUCUGGGAGUUUCUGAGCCUGGAUCUUAG